CUGUCGUUUUAUACGCUGGUAGCACUGCCGCUUCGCGAAAACACGACCGCUUCCGUAGCCGUGAGAGAAGCAGUGCGAUCGGGUACUGUGCGAAGUGGUUGCUUCUUGAAAACUGUAUCUGUUGUUGAAGAUCGGUCAUUACUAGCACCCUAUUUUUGGAGUCGGCUAGCAAUGGCGGGGCCUGUUGGUCCCAUGUGGUUUGAUCCGGCCCCUCCUGGUUACCCUUGGUCCAUGCUCAUGGUCCCUGUCAACAUCACCACCAAAGGAGCAGAGCUGCUGGUGGAUCAGAUCAAAGAGGCCGGGAACAACAGCAUGAAGACAGGGAAUCACUACGACGCUCUCUGGAAGUACAACCACGCCCUCGUCUUGUGUCGCGACCACAAGCUGUCGGGCCGGAGGGUCUCAGUCAUCAGCUCCAACUGUUCCCAGGCCUGUCUCCACCUCACGUACUAUCUCGACGCCUUUUCACACGCGUCUGAUGCCAUCAAUAAUGAUCCAAGCUCACCCAUUCUUUACAAGGUCUGGUCAAGGUGUCUUACGCACUUGUGUCCACUUAGUGAUAGAGUGGAACCUCACUAAUCCAAUCCUCUGAAAUCCAGCCACCUCAGCUGAAGCAGUCAAUGGCUUUGGAACGGAUUGAUCAACCUGUGCAUGUUUCCCAAACAACCUUACCCUGAGAUCAAGCCACCUCACUAACUUUUUCAGGUCCCAAGUGUGGCUGGAAUAGUGAGGUUCCACUGUUU